AUGGUUAUGAAGAAAAAUGCUGAAAAGAUUGUCCUGGAAAACAAAACUAUGGAAGAUAAGUUGAAAAACCUUAAAGAAAAUAAGCCCCGACGGAAGGAAUUGAAGGAACAAGCUAAGCGUGAUGAGGAGCUUGAUGCUUUGAAUGCUUUAAAAGCAAAGUUCGAUGCUGAAGAUAAAUUUUUUGAAGAAAUUCUUGCUUCGAAGAAGGUCAUGUUUCCAGAAUGGAUUGUUGAUCAAAUUCAAGAAGAAGCUAUUAACAAUCCAAAUUUGUAUUGGUUAGAGACUCAAACUUCUUUUUCUAUUACGAAUGACUUGGAGUGUCAGCUGGACUUUCUGAUUAGUGCAAAAGUAUUUCAAUUCUAA